AUGGAUCAUAAAAAAAUGUUCGCUGAAAUGGACGCGAGAAUCGCCGAGGUGCAAGCCACUGAAAUCAAAAAAAUGCCGCCACUUCUUCAAAAAAAUUGGAAUAAUAGUCUUACGGAGCAUAGCAAAGAAUUCAUUGAAAAGCAUCAAAAAGAAAACGAAGAGUCUGAUGAAAUGCUAAAAGGAGAGCAUAUGGCUCAUGAGAAAGCUACUGGGAAAUGUGAAAAACUGGAAAGAACGAUGAUUCAGAAGGAAACAGAACGACAGGCUCGCGACGACGUUUUGAAGAGUCUCAAGGACCUAAUUGCAAGCCAAUAA